GUGGGUGUUUGUUGUUAUUCGGAUUUUCCUGAUCAAUACACUUUAUUUCACAAUCGCACGACGUUCUCCACUUAUUGGAAAAUUGUGUAACUAAAACACAAACGAAAUGUUGUUCCUUAAAGUAUCCAGGAGUGCAGUUACCUCCUGCCUGCGGUCACGCGCCCUCUCUACCGGCAGAUUCAAUUGGGCAGCCAUCAAAACGGUACAGGAAAAAGUUGAUCCAUACACGAAAAUACACAUCAACUGUGCGUACGAGCUGAAAAUCGUUCCCUACGAUCUGCUGGACUGUCCGGACUCAAACCUCCUGAAGGCAACGGUCAAGCAGGGCAACAAUGUGGACAGCUUGGCAGUGAAAAUCACCGAUAAAACUGUCACCAUCACGAGCGACCCGAGCGCCGGUGGGUGCGAAUGUAUCUUGGAGGUGCCGAUCAAGGCGGACCUGCAGAUCCGCAACGACGGUAGCACCACCAUCGCAAACCUGUACAGCGACGAAAUCGACGUCGUUGGCACUGGCAAUAUAGAGACACGCAGCCUUCGUUCCACAAACAUCCAGCUCUGCAGCACUGCCGGCAAUAUUGCCUGCCAGGGGAUCACGCUGGCGGAAAAUGUAACGGCCACGACGGUGGGCAAGGGAAACAUAUUCCUGGACAAACUGCAGGGAGGAUCGGUGAGUGCGACUACCGAGGCGGGCAACAUUUCGGUCAAUGCAAGCUACUCGAACCGAAGCACGUUCCAGACGCGGGACGGUGACAUGGAGCUGAAAAGCAUACACAAGGAUUGUACCGUACGAUCGAACGGUGGCAAAAGUCUCACCAUGAAGGGCUUCUACGGUACACUAAACGCUGACGUUGGGAGCGAAAACGUAACACUGCAACUAUCGGAAAUGGUCGGUACAAGCAAUAUCAAAGCAAUGGCCACCAAAACGUUGCAUCUAAAUCUUGCCGAAACUGUGUACGAUACGUCGUCGAUCAAGGUGAAAUCCGCCCAGCUUACGCUCGACAGCUCGAUGGACGACAAGGAACAUCGACGAGACGGCAACAGUGCCGUGCUGGGCAAAGCCGAGGCAGAAAACACGUUACACGUCGAAACGAACGGGUCGGUGGUGGUGCGAAAAAUGUCCUGGGCCGAUAGCUUUUCCUUCAGCGGCAUGAGUCAGAUGGAGCAGCAGUAAAAAAUCUGCAUCGACAUGCGCAACGUGUGUCCAUUCUCAGGGCAGCAUUUCAAUGAUGGUAGGCUUUAGUAUAUUUUAAAUAACGCUGAUACCUUCCUUCGACCUAGCGGUUGAUGUUUUCUUUCUCAAGAGCGAAAUAUCCACUCAGUCAUUAAAGUAGCAUACAGAUAUUUAUGUACCAGAUACGAAAGCAUCACUCAGAAUAAACAUAGUGUUCCCCAGUUGCAACACCCAUAA